AUGUUACAAAGUCUAGCGGUCGUCAGCAGUUGUCUGUCGGGAAUCUCGGCAUCUUUGCCUGCCCUAUCGGGUCCACUAUUGAAAUUCAUUGACACACCAGUGAAGUUCUAUCCAUUCGAAUUCCUUGCGGCACCAUCUUCGUUGAAACCACCAACUCGAAACGGUGAGAACAUUCGUGAUUUUGUGUUGAGUCGAAUGACGGCCGUUGCGGAUUAUCUGUUGAGAAAUCGUGAAGAGGACACGAAAUCGUUGAGUGCC